AUGCGGAACAGGACAAGUGGCGACCUCUUUGAUUCCGCGCCAAUCACCGCCUAUCACCGCCAAUCACCGCCUAUCCAGCCAGCAGCCACAGGCCCGUCACCGGAGGACGAGGCGUCGCUGUGGUCGCGCCUCACCUUCGCGUGGGUGGGGCCGCUGAUACGGCUGGGCAACGCCAAGGUGCUGCACGCGCCCGACCUGCCGCCCCUCUGCCCGCGCGACUCCACUGCUGCCGUCGCACCCUCGCUCAGGGCCGCGUGGCAGGCCGAGACGAACGCCACGCACAGGUGCUCCAGCAGAGUUGUAUUGGAUGCGUCACUUGUUGGCCCGCGUGCUAGUGACCGCAUUCGCGCUAGUGACCGCAUUCGCGCUAGUGACCGCAUUCGCGCUAGUGACCGCAUUCGCGCUAGUGACCGCAUUCGCGCUAGUGAGCGCAUUCGCGCUAGUGACCGCAUUCGCGCUAGUGACCGCAUUCGCGCUAGUGACCGCAUUCGCGCUAGUGACCGCAUUCGCGCUAGUGACCGCAUUCGCGCUAGUGACCGCAUUCGCGCUAGUGACCGCAUUCGCGCUAGUGAGCGCAUUCGCGCUAGUGAGCGCAUUCGCGCUAGUGAGCGCAUUCGCGCUAGUGAGCGCAUUCGCGCUAGUGAGCGCAUUCGCGCUAGUGAGCGCAUUCGCGCUAGUGACCGCAUUCGCGCUAGUGAGCGCAUUCGCGCUAGUGAGCGCAUUCGCGCUAGUGAGCGCAUUCGCGCUAGUGAGCGCAUUCGCGCUAGUGAGCGCAUUCGCGCUAGCGAGCGCAUUCGUGCUAGUGAGCGCAUUCGCGCUAGUGAGCGCAUUCGCGCUAGUGAGCGCAUUCGCGCUAGUGACCGCAUUCGCGCUAGUGAGCGCAUUCGUGCUAGUGAGCGCAUUCGCGCUAGCGAGCGCAUUCGCGCGCCCCUUCGUGGCAGCGGGCGCUCUGGAAUCUCCACUGCUCCCACCUGCUCCUCGCCUCGCCACUCUCUGCCCCUCAAGACUGCUUCUUUCCGCUUUCCCCCUCCCCCCUUUCUCCCCCUCUUUCCCUCUUCCCUCCCCCUCUCCCACCCACUGCCCCCUAUCUCUCCCCCCUGCCCCCAGGCAUCCCUCGCUGCCCCGUGCAUUGCAGUCAACAGCUCAGCCGAAGGCCUCCUUGGUCCCUCGCUCUUCCUCCGCAACUCCUCGCUCCCCCUCCCCUCCACCCUCACACCCUCCCUCCACCGCUCACUCCUCUCCGCCCCCUCCACCCACCCCACGAUCCCUGUCACUACCCUACUCCCAUCUCUCCCCCCAGCACCGCAACUCCUCGCUUGGAUCUUCCUCCCUUUCGUGUCUCUCGUCCCUCAAGCGCCUCCCCACACCCAGAGCCCAAUCGCCAACGCCACUCUUGGCUUCACGGGCCCCCUCACACACUCCUCAACUCACCCACUCCCUUCCUCCUCCUCCUCGCACUUAUCCUCGUUAGUGGCCGCUUCACUACCAGCGUGGCUGCCGGGGCUGCUGCUAGCAGGGGUGUUGCUGGCGUGCAACGUGGGGCAGUCGCUCGUCGCCCAUCAGUACUUCCACCGCCUCUACCGCCUCUCCUCCCAUGUGCGUUCCUCUCCUCCCAUGUGCGUUCCUCUCCUCCCAUGUGCGUUCCUCUCCUCCCAUGUGCGUUCCUCUCCUCCCAUGUGCGUUCCUCUCCUCCCACGUGCAUGCCUCUUCUCCUAUACAGCUGUACGUCCCUCUCACUCACACUCCAUUUCAUUUUCAUUCUCUCCCACCGCACUCCACCCCUGUGCAACCGCAUCCCCUGCCUCGUCCCAUCACGUCCUCCGCUCUACCCUUUCCAUACCGCAUCCCCAUGCAACCCACUCCACGCCCGAUUUACCCACCCCCCCUCCCCUCCCCCACUCCGCGCACGACAUGGACAUGGUGCGCGGCCACCAGGUGCGCACGGCGCUGGUGGCGCUCAUCUACUCCAAGGCGCUGCGCAUCUCCGCUGCCGCGCGCCACUCCACCAGCCUGGGGGAGAUUGUGAAUCUGCAGAGCAACGAUGCGGAGAAGCUGGCGAAGCUGUGCAUCUAUCUGCACAUCGUGUGGAGCGGCCCCCUGCAGAUCAUCGGUGCCUUGGCCUUCCUCUUUCGCUUCCUCUCUGUCAUCCCUGCCCUGGCGGGGCUAGCCACCAUGCUGCUGCUGAUGCCGUUCAACGGGGUGCUCAUGGGGCGCCUCUCCGCGGUGCGGCACCGCCUCAUAGCGCGCACCGAUGCGCGUGUGCGCCUGCUCUCCGAGGCCGUGGGGGCCGUGCGCGCCGUGAAGCUCAACGGGUGGGAGGCGCUGUUCAAAGGGCGCAUAGAGGCGAGGCGGGCGGAGGAGAUGAAGGAGAUCACUGUGUCCGUGCUGCUGGGUGGGUGGGUUUGCUGGCCCCGGGUUUGUGAUGCACGGGUGGGUGCUGUGCUGUGCCCCAUCGAGCCGGGCCAUGCAUGGGGGCCAUGCAUGGGGGCCAUGGUCCUUUUCGCCGACUACAUCACACCCAUGCUCGUCCGGUCCGUGGCUCCAUGCUCCCUGUGCCUCCUGUGUCCCCACCCCCACACACCACCACCAGAGGCCAUGGGGCUAUUCGUGUACUACCUCACGCCCAUGGUCGUCAGUGUCGUCUCCCUCGCCGCCUAUGUGCUGCUCGGCCGCCCGCUCACUGCCGACGUCGCCUUCCCCGCCCUCGCCCUCUUCAACCUCCUCAGGUUCCCCCUCGCCAUGAUUCCCGAUCAAAUCAACGACUACGUGCAAGCCAAGGUCUCCGCGGGCCGUGUUGAAAAGUUUCUGCUGCUGCCCGAGAUCGUUCCUUUGGAAGAGGAGCCGGGCAGCCAGAAGGGUAGCAUAAAGCUUUGCAAUGCCUCUUUCUCCUGGGGAGGUGGGGCAGGCGAAGUGGAGAGCGCCAGUGAUGCUGAUGGCAGUGGCCGCAAUGAUUCGAGCACUAUUGGUGCUGGUGGCAGCGGUGGCAGUGGCAGUGCUGUGGCAGUGGGUGCGAAUGGCAUAGCUUGUGAUGGUGGUGGGCGAGGUGAGCUCACCUCAUGCACAUUCGCUCCCAACCUCACUCGUCAUCCGCUCUAUCCGCUCUACUCUGUUGGCUUCUUACCGUCCUCUCCUCUCCUCUUCGCAUGUGGCUGCCGGCAAGUCAUCUCUGCCUGCCAGGGACUAGGGGGAAGGGAAUCAGUAGGGGCGGGCAAGUCGUCACUGCUGGCGGGGCUGCUGGGGGAAAUUACUCGCGUGGCGGGCAGUGUGUCCGUGGCAGGCCGCGUGGCGUACACCAGCCAGGACCCCUGGAUUCUCAAUGCCACGGUGCGCGACAACAUCCUCAUGGGGGCGGCGGGCGACACAGCGGCCGCAGUGGACGAGGGGCGGUACCAGCGAGCCAUAGACGUGUGUGCGCUGAGGCACGACCUCGCCAUGCUGGCCGGCGGUGACCUGGCUGAGAUCGGCGAGCGCGCACUUGGGCCACCAGCACUUGGGCCACCAGCACUUGCGAUUCCUCCCCCCUCCACUGCUACCGUCCCCCCUCCACUGCUACCUCCCCCCUCCACUGCUACCUCCCCCCUCCACUGCUACCUCCCCCCUCCACUGCUACCUCCCCCCUCCACUGCUACCUCCCCCCUCCACUGCUACCUCCCCCCUCCACUGCUACCUCCCCCUCCACUGCUACCUCCCCCCUCCACUGCUACCUCCCCUCUCCACUGCUACCUCCCCCCUCCACUGCUACCUCCCCCCUCCACUGCUACCUCCCCCCUCCACUGCUACCUCCCCCCUCCACUGCUACCUCCCCCCUCCACUGCUACCUCCCCCCUCCACUGCUACCUCCCCUCUCCACUGCUACCUCCCCCCUCCACUGCUACCUCCCCCCUCCACUGCUACCAUCCCCCCUCCACUGCUACCUCCCCCCUCCACUGCUACCUCCCCCCUCCACUGCUACCUCCCCUCUCCACUGCUACCUCCCCCCUCCACUGCUACCUCCCCCCUCCUCUGCUACCUCCCCCCUCCACUGCUACCUCCCCCCUCCACUGCUACCUCCCCCCUCCACUGCUACCUCCCCCCUCCACUGCUACCUCCCCCCUCCACUGCUACCUCCCCCCUCCACUGCUACCUCCCCCCUCCACUGCUACCUCCCCCCUCCACUGCUACCUCCCCCCUCCACUGCUACCUCCCCCUCCACUGCUACCUCCCCCCUCCACUGCUACCUCCCCCCUCCACUGCUACCUCCCCCCUCCACUGCUACCUCCCCCCUCCACUGCUACCUCCCCCCUCCACUGCUACCUCCCCCCUCCACUGCUACCUCCCCCCUCCACUGCUACCUCCCCCCUCCACUGCUACCUCCCCCCUCCACUGCUACCUCCCCCCUCCACUGCUACCUCCCCCCUCCACUGCUACCUCCCCCCUCCACUGCUACCUCCCCCCUCCACUGCUACCUCCCCCCUCCACUGCUACCAUCCCCCCUCCACUGCUACCUCCCCCCUCCACUGCUACCUCCCCCCUCCACUGCUACCUCCCCCCUCCACUGCUACCUCCCCUCUCCACUGCUACCUCCCCCUCCACUGCUACCUCCCCCCUCCACUGCUACCUCCCCCCUCCACUGCUACCUCCCCCCUCCACUGCUACCUCCCCCCUCCACUGCUACCUCCCCCCUCCACUGCUACCUCCCCUCUCCACUGCUACCUCCCCCCUCCACUGCUACCUCCCCCCUCCACUGCUACAUCCCCCCUCCACUGCUACCUCCCCCCUCCACUGCUACCUCCCCCCUCCACUGCUACCUCCCCUCUCCACUGCUACCUCCCCCCUCCACUGCUACCUCCCCCCUCCUCUGCUACCUCCCCCCUCCACUGCUACCUCCCCCCUCCACUGCUACCUCCCCCCUCCACUGCUACCUCCCCCCUCCACUGCUACCUCCCCCCUCCACUGCUACCUCCCCCCUCCACUGCUACCUCCCCCCUCCACUGCUACCUCCCCUCUCCACUGCUACCUCCCCCCUCCACUGCUACCUCCCCUCUCCACUGCUACCUCCCUGCAACGCCAUCUCGUCCACCCCCCCCGCCCGUCCACCCACCAGGCAUCAACCUGUCGGGGGGGCAGAAGCACCGAGUGGCGCUGGCGAGGGCGGUGUAUGCGCGGGCCGAUGUGGUGCUGCUGGACGACCCGCUCAGUGCUGUUGACACUCAUGUGGGCCGCCACCUGUUCACAGAGUGUAUCUGCGGUGAGCUGGCGGGGACCACGCGUGUGCUGGUGACACAUCAGCUGCAGUAUGCAUCGCAUGCUGACGUCAUCAUCGUCAUCAGAGCCGGCCGUGUGACUGCCAUGGGCACAUUUGACGAGCUGCAGGCCAGGGGCGUGGACUUGGCAUUGUGGGACGAGAAGCAGCAGGAGCCGGAUGAGCAAGGCAAGGCCACAUGGCAAGACGGCCCUGCUGCUGCUCCUGCUACUGCUGUCACUGCUGCGACAGCACCUGAGCCACGUGCGAGCAGCAGCGAGGCAGCACAUACACCCAGCAGCAGCAGCAGCAGCAGCAGCAGCAGCAGCGGCAAUGGCAAAACAGGGAGGGUGGGUGGUGGAAGCACGAGCAAUAGCAGGGGUGCUUCAGAAGGCGACAACAACAACGACCUCACACGCCCUCUGCUGGCUCACUCCCCCACAUCCGCACAUCCAGCAGCCAGCACCACCGCCCCUGCUGCUCGUAGUGGCAGUGCAGGCAGCAGCGGUGGCAGUGCAGAGGGUGGGAAGAAGCAGAGGGCGGUGGGGCAGCUGGUGGAGGAGGAGGGGCGAGCAGAGGGCGGGGUGGCAGCAGGCGUGUACUGGGAGUACCUCAGGGCGUGGGGCGGGCGGGCGGGGUGGCUCAUGCCAGUGCUGGUGCUGGCGGUGUUCGGGGUGUCGCAGUCACUCAAAGUGGCCAGUGAUGCCUGGCUCGCUGAUUUGAGUUGGGCAGCCACAGCUUGUUUCUGUCCCUCUGCUUCUCACCAGCCUGAUUGCUCUCUGUCUGCUUUCAUCGUCACAAUCAAUUUGUUCACCAGGCAGUGGGUUUCUUUCCCCUCUCCCCUGCCCCCUCUCUCCUCGCACCAGCUCGUCUACAGCCUCGCCACUCUGGCCACAGGGCUCCUCUCCUCCCUCCGUGGGGUGCUGCUUGCCUUGGGUUGCCUCACAGCAGCACGCUCGCUGCACUCGCGCCUGCUGGCCCGAGUGCUGCGCCUGCCCAUGGCGUUCUUUGACUCACAGCCAUCAGGCCGCCUGCUGAACCGCUUCACGCGGGACAUGGAGCAGAUGGACCUGCAGCUGCCCGACACGCUGCUUUCCUACCUCUCCUGCCUCUUCCAGGUGGUGUUUGCCAUCGUGGUGAUAGUCAUCGUCACGCCGCCCUUUCUUCUGCCACUCAUCCCGCUGCUCCUCCUCUACCGCCGCAUCCAGACCGUCUACAUCGCCGCCUCACGUGAGCUCAAGCGCAUCGACUCGCUGGCCCGCUCGCCCAUCUUCGCGCACUUCAGCGAGACCCUCACCGGCCUCUCCACCGUGCGUGCCUUCCGCCGCCAGCGCGCCUUCUCCGCGCGCAACAGCCUCAACCUCGACCGCGCCUCCCAGGCCUACCUCGCAGCCAUGGCGUCCAACCGCUGGCUCGGGCUGCGUCUGGAGCUGAUCGGCGCGUCGAGCGUGUUUGCCACCGCGUGCUUCUGCGUGGUGGGUGGCGUGGCUGCUGCAGCUGCAGCCGCGGCGGCAGCUGGUGGAGGGGGGAGCAGCAGCAGCACGGGCUCUUGGGCUGCUGGCUUUGCAGGGCUGGCGCUGACGAGUGCGCUAUCGAUCACGGGGUACAUGAAUUGGAUGGUCAGGAUGAAUGCUGAGCUGGAGUCGCAGAUGAACGCUGUCGAGCGCAUUCUCGAGUACACCACUCUGCCCACCGAGGCACCAGAUGUGGUCGAAUCUCGCCGCCCGCCUGCGGACUGGCCGCAGCAAGGAGUGAUAGAAGCAGAGGGAGUGGUGGUGAGGUACCGCCCGGAGCUGGCUCCUGUGCUGAAAGGACUCACCUUCUCCAUCCGGGCAGGUGAAAAAGUGGGAGUGUGCGGGCGCACGGGCAGCGGAAAGACGACACUAACCAUGGCGCUGUAUCGAAUAGUGGAGCUGAGUGCAGGGCGGAUAGUGAUCGACGGCAUUGAUGCCGCGAGCAUCGGGCUGUGGGACUUGCGGUCGCGCCUCUCCCUGGUGCCACAGGACCCGGUGGUCUUCUCCGGCAGUAUCCGCUGGAACCUCGACCCCUACACUGCGGUGGCAGGGGACACGGAAGGGGACGGGAAUGUGAGGAGGGGGGGACAUCAGGAGGGGAAAAGCGACGGGGGAGGGCUGCGAGGAGAUGUGGAGUUGUGGGAGGCGCUGACGCAAGCAGGUGUGGCGGAUGCCGUGCGGGCAUUGCCAGGUCAGCUCGACGCUGAGGUGGCAGAGGGCGGCGGGAACCUGAGUGUGGGGCAGAGGCAGCUGCUGUGCCUGGCACGCGCGCUGCUGCGGCGCUCGCAUGUGCUUGUGUUGGACGAGGCCACAUCGAAUGUGGACACGGCAACAGACGCAGCAGUGCAGGCAGCGGUGAGGGGAGGGGCGUUUGCAGCGUGCACGGUGAUCACCAUCGCCCACCGCCUGCACACCAUUGUGGACUGCCACCGGGUCAUGCUGCUGGAGGAUGGACAGGUGGCGGAGCUUGAUUCGCCGGCGGCGCUGCUGCAGGAGAGGUCGUCGAGGUUCUCAGCGUUUGUGGAUGCCACGAUGCCAAGAGAAGCUGCUGCUCUGCGCCGAAUUGCUUCGGCAAAGUCUGUGGCGGCGAGCGAGGGAUGA